CGCACUAACCACUAAGUCAUCAUGCAAAAAAAAAAAAAAAUGCUCUUGGAAGAAUAUUUUAUUUGCUCUUUUUUUGGGCAUCACGUCAGAGACAGAGAGAGAGAGAGAGGGAGUGAGAGAGAGGGAGGGGGGAGCAUCGUUUCAGACAGAGCAGACAGAGGGACCAACCAGACCGUGCGCGCGUGCGUGUGUGUGAGAGAGAGAGAGGAGUGCUGUGUGUGUGUGUGUGUGUGUGUGUGUGUGUGUGAGUGAGUGUGUGUGUGUGUGUGUGUGUGUGUGUGGCGUCUGUCUGCCUCUCCACAUCUUCACCGAGGCUUAGAGGUGGAUUUUUUUUUCUAAAGCAGGGAUUAUCGCAAUAAGGAGGGUGAAAAGGGGGGAAAACAUGGCAGUUAUUAUAGCACGAGGAAGGUGUGUCAGCGAUUAGCAUCAUCAGUGUCGAGACAAAAAAAAAUCCAUCUCUACAUCUCUUCAUCUUCAUCAUUCCCAUGGGUUGAUCGAUCCUAUGGUAUCGAGAAAAAAAAAGAAAAAAAGACUGCAUUCAUACACACCCUCGGAUUAAAUAUCGGACGAUAUUUUUCCAUUGAAAAAAAACAGAAAAGAAAAAAACAAAACCACGACGUUUGGCUUAAAUUUCCGGGUUUCACCGGUAACGAGCUCGAAACCGAAGCCAACUCCUCCCUCUCCUCCCGGUUUUCUCACCUCCUCCCACCCCCAUCCCCCCUCCUCUCUAUGCUCAGCUCGGUGUGCGUGUCGUCGUUCCGAGGGCGCAAGGCGGGCAACCAGUCGUCCAACAAGGCAUGCGGGAGCGCCGACAUGCCGUGCCCGGCGGACAGCGAGCGCAUCGUGAUCAACUGCGGCGGCGUGCGCCACGAGACUUACCGCAGCACGCUGCGCACGCUGCCCGGCACGCGCCUCGCGUGGCUCACCGAGCCCGACGCGCCCAACAACUUCGACUACGAUGCGGCGGCCGACGAGUUCUUCUUCGACCGGCACCCAGCCGUGUUCGCCUUCGUGCUCAACUACUACCGCACCGGUAAGCUGCACUGUCCGGGCGACGUGUGCGGCCCGCUCUUCGAGGAGGAGCUCGCCUUCUGGGGCAUCGACGAGACGGAUGUGGAGGCGUGCUGCUGGAUGAACUACCGGCAGCACCGCGACGCCGAGGAAGCGCUCGACAGCUUCGAGACACCCGAACCGGACCCCCCGGACGAUGACGCCGCGCUCGCUGGAGGAGCGGACGGAGACCUGCGGCGUCUCUGCUUGCACGAGGACGGGCGCAAAGUGGGAUGGUGGCGCGUGUGGCAACCCAAAAUCUGGGCGCUUUUCGAAGACCCUUAUUCUUCCAAAUACGCACGGUACGUGGCGUUCGGCUCGCUGCUCUUCAUCCUCAUCUCCAUCUCGACGUUCUGCAUGGAGACGCACGAGGCGUUCAACACCAUCUACAACCGGACGGAGAACGUGACGGUGGGCAACGUGACGCGUGAAGAGACCUUCUACGAGGUGGUGACGGACAGGUGGCUGAUGUACGUCGAGGGCGUGUGCGUGGUAUGGUUCACCUUUGAAGUGUUCACGCGUGUCAUCUUUUGCCCGGACAAGGCAGAGUUCUUCAAGAGUGCGCUGAACAUCAUCGACUUUGUGGCCAUCCUGCCGUUCUACCUGGAGGUCGGUCUGAGCGGCCUCCCGUUCAAGGCGGCGAAGGACGUGCUGGGCUUUCUGCGCGUCGUGCGAUUUGUCCGUAUCCUGAGAAUCUUCAAGCUCACUCGGCAUUUCGUUGGGCUUCGUGUGCUGGGUCACACGCUUCGCGCCAGCACCAAUGAGUUUCUCCUGCUCAUCAUCUUCCUUGCCCUUGGAGUGCUCAUAUUUGCCACCAUGAUCUACUACGCCGAGCGCAUCGGUGCCAAUCCCGACGACCCCACGGCCAGUCAACACACCAGUUUCAAGAACAUCCCCAUCGGUUUCUGGUGGGCCGUGGUCACCAUGACGACACUGGGGUAUGGUGACAUGUACCCUCACACGUGGUCAGGCAUGUUGGUUGGCGCUCUGUGCGCCCUGGCUGGUGUGCUCACCAUCGCCAUGCCUGUGCCCGUCAUCGUCAACAACUUCGGCAUGUACUACUCGCUGGCCAUGGCCAAGCAGAAGCUGCCCAAGAAGAAGAAUAAACACAUCCCGCGAGCCCCACAGCCCGGUUCGCCCAACUACUGCAAGCCUGAUGCCCUGGCUAUGGCCACUGCCUCGCCUCAGAGGAUCCUGGGUAACGUUCUGGGCAGGGUCAUGGGCUCAGGCGGACUCACUGGAGACUGUCCUCUAGCUCAGGAGGAGAUCAUAGAAAUAAACAGAGACUCAAAGCAGAACGGUGACGCAUCGAGUGCGGCGCUGGCUAACGAGGACUGUCCCACCAUAGACCAGGUGCUGAGUCCUGACGAGCGCAGUCCGGUGGGGCGAACACGCGAGCGCUACCAGCAGGACCGAGCCUGCUUCCUGCUCAACACGCGCGAGUUCAGGCCCGCAGAAUCUAAUGUCCGGAAAGUGUUAAGUUUCUAGCAUUCACCGAUUCUUUAAAGAAGACACAGUUAGGUGUUGUUUUCUGAGUUUACGGACGAAGGCGCAUCAUCCUGAUGCGACACUUGAGGAAUGUUGGUGUGACGAGAGGAAUUGCCCAGAAAGACACGGAAAAAUGUAAACGUCUGAGGCUGGAUCUUCACACAGUAACCAAAGCAACCUCUUGGAAUUCUGGACCCAUUCCUUGUUCUACCGAAAGAUUUCUUAAUACUGCGAGACACUGGGCAGUCCAAUCUGAUUG